AUGGACAUGGUGAGCGAUCCGGAAACCCCUUUCUGGCGUAUCCUGACACCAUCCUCAUACCACGCAUCUCAUCCAUCCCCCCAUCGCAGUUCGGCGGAGGCACCUUUGCCGGAGGCAGAGCUGGCGGCUUUGGUGGAUUCAUGAGAGGUUUCGGUGCGGGUGCGGGUGGAGCAGGCGCAUUUGGUGCAUUUGGAGAUGCAGGGGAUGAUGAUGAUGAUCCCAGAUUCCCUAGACCUCCUCAUCAUUACGAUGAAUAUUUCAAAGCCUACUCUACCAGCAUGUUGCCUGGCAAGGAGAGGUUGAACGUCAGCUAUGGUGGCAAGAGUAAGUGCAAGGCAGCCACAACAAGGUGUAUGCUCGGGCUCCGUCUCGCGAAUGCGACUAAUGAGUCAUGCCCCCACCUUGCGCGCUCCCCCUUCCGCGCUCCCGCCAACAGUCAUGAUGCCCACAUCAGCUUUGGCUCGUCUUUCUCAUCUCGGCAUCCAGACCCCUUGGCUAUUCGAGCUCUCCUCGACGGGCACAGCGGCGGAUGGCGAGGAGUACAAGACGCACGCAGGUGUGCUAGAAUUCAUUGCAGACGAAGGCAACGUGCACUUGCCUGCUUGGAUGAUGCGGCAGUUGCACCUUUCCGAAGGAGAUCCGAUCCGAGUUCGAGGCAAGUCCAUGCCUCAAGGCAAGCACGUCAAGAUCCAACCUCAAACUGUCGAUUUUCUCGAAAUUGCCGACCCAAAAGGUGUGCUGGAAGGAGCUCUGAGCAACUUUUCGGCGCUCACAAAGGGAGACAUUAUCGAAAUCUCUUACAAUUGCCUCACGUUUGAGAUUCUGGUUUUGGAGAUCAAGCCGGAUGCGGAGAGCAUCAACAUUACAGAGACGGAUUUGGAGGUGGACUUUGCACCUCCCAAGGGGUAUGUGGAGCCCGCGCCCAAACCUAGAGCACCAGUUCCCACCAUGGCUUCCAAAUUGAACAUUGACAAGUCCAAGGUGGACUCUAUUCCCGCGUCUGGCGCGACUACGCCAGGCGGUGGGGGCAGCGGAUCGGGCAGGGAGGGUGGAGCAGGAGGUGCAGAAGAACGCGGAGCUUUCAGAGGUGCGGGACAAAGUCUGAGCGGCAAGAAGCCCAAAGCUGGCAAGAAGGAUAAGCCGAUCGAGCAGCCAGACGCAUUUAGCAAGAUCAGAAGAACGGAUCAAGUGAGGUUUGCGACGAACGAUACGCAGCUGCAAGAGAAGCAAAUCCCUGCAGCGCUCAAUCUGCCUUUUGGAAGAUUGUUCUUUGGAUACGAGUAUGAAGAUCCGGGCGUUAUCAAGGCCAAGGCGGAGCAGAAGGAAGAGAGAGCUCAGAGCUUUGCGGGAAGCGGAACGACGCUCAGUGGUAGAGCGCCAGCUGCGAAAGCUAGAGAAGAGGACAAGGAAAAGGAGAAUGUGCAGCAACCUAGGCGGUUGGACGGACGACCUAUUCCAAAAGUCGUAGAGAUCAGCGAUGAUGAGAAGUAG